CGCAGCUCUCAGAGGCGGUGGCACUGCAGGCGAGCACGUCUGGCCGACCGGCGAGCACCUCUGGCCGACCGGUGAGAGGCGGACGCUCGGUGAGUGGCCGCUAAUCGAGAAGCGACGGCCCGCGGUUGGCGAGAGACCGUUGGGAGGAGCGGACGCUCGUGUUCGGGGAGGCGGCGGGACGUGUGCCCGUGGAGCUUCCGCUCGUGCCGAGUGGCGCACCGGUGCGCGCGUGCUGUGAGGGCCCGUGACUGCACUCACUCGGGGCCCCGUGAGAGACCGAGCGGCUAGGACCCUCGGAGGUCCUCACUCCGUCGGGGCAGAUGAGGCCGGGCGGCAUGUUCAGCUCGCUGAUGGUGACGCCGCUGCUCAGGAUGAGGUUGGAUGACGGCGCUACGAUGAGUGAGCGGGAGGGCGCGGCCGAAGCGGCCGGCGCCGAGCGGCAGGCCGCCGCCGCCGCCGCCGGCUCCGCCUCGCCCGACAAGGACCGGCCCACGCUCAAGGUCCACCUGCCCAACGGCUUCCACAUGGUCAAGUACGCCGAGAGCACCGAUGUCAAGUACGUGAUCGACCUGCUCGUGACGCGGAUGGCGCCGGAGCCCCGCGUCUACGAGGGUCUGUUCGCCCUGCGCAUGGUCAACUCGGAGACGCGCCAGGUCUGCUGGCUUCACCAGAAUACGCCCAUGUUCGAGGUGCUGGAGAAGCAGGAGGGCAACGCAGACCUUUGGCGGUUCGAGCUGCGUGUGCGCUACCUGCCGUCUGACCUACACGUGCUCUACGAAAAGGACAGGGUCACCUUCCACUUCUACUACCAGCAGGUGCGGGACGACUACCUGAGUCAGGAGCGCUGCCCGGUGGAGCAGGACAUGGCCGUCCAGCUGGGCUGCCUCGACAUCCGCCGCUUCUUCAAGGACCUGCCGCCCAACGCGCUCGACAAGCGCUCCAACAUGGACUACCUCGAACAGACAGUGGGCUGGGAGAAGUUCCUGCCGAGGUCCGUGAUCGCAAACACUAAGCCAAAGACGCUUCGCAAGCUGGUGCAGCACCAGUUCAAAAAGUGCAGCCACAUGAGCGAACCCGAGUGCAUGUUCAAGUACCUGGAAGUGCUGAAGACGGUGGUGCGGUUCGACCAGGAGCGGUUCACCUGCGCGCUGGGGACGUGGUCCAUACGGGUAGACCUGAUCAUAGGCCCCGACUCUGGGAUCUCCUACACGACGGACAAGGAAGAGUCGGCCACGCACCUGAGCAGCUUUGAUCAGGUGCAGAGCAUCCAGACGCUGCAGGGCGCGUGCGAGGCGUCGCCGGGCACAGCGGCGCUCCAGCUGCGCGUGGCGGGCCGCGCCGAGCCGCUCACUCUGACGUGCGCCUCGCUCCGAGAAGCCGACAACAUGGCCGACCUGGUGGACGGCUACUGCCGGCUGGUGAACAACUCCUCCAGCAGCCUCUGGACCCGGAAAGCGGGCUCGAGUCGGUCGGGCCGCUCCGAUGGCGCCGGCUCGCCGUCGGGCCGUCGCUCGGGCCGGCCAUCGCGCUCGGCGCUCUCCGACGACUACGCCGAGAUCGUCGACGACGAGGGCGACUACAGCACCGUCGGCGCGCGCGACUACGAGCUGCCGCGCGACCACGUCCACCUGGUGGAGAUCAUCGGGGAGGGCCAGUUCGGUGAUGUAUACCGCGGCACGUACCGGACCUCCAGCAGCCAGACCACGCCUGUCGCCAUCAAAACAUGCAAGGUCGACAACGAGGGCUCGAUGGCGCACAAGUUCCUCGAGGAGGCCUACACGAUGCAGCAGUUCGACCACCCGCACAUCAUCAAGCUGGUGGGCACGUGCAGCACGUCGCCGGUGUGGAUCGUGAUGGAGCUGGCCCGCCACGGUGAGAUGCGCGCCUACCUGCGCGACAACCGGCACCGGCUGCGGCUCGACACGCUCGUCCUGUACGCGUACCAGCUCAGCCAGGCGCUCUCCUACCUGGAGAGCAAGAAGUUUGUGCACAGGGACAUCGCGGCUCGCAACGCGCUCGUGUACAGCCACGACAACGUCAAGCUGGCCGACUUCGGCCUCAGCCGCUGGGUGGAGGACCAGAGCUACUACAAGGCGUCCAAGUGCAAGCUGCCCAUUAAGUGGAUGGCGCCCGAGUCCAUCAACUUCCGCCGCUUCACCACCGCCAGCGACGUCUGGAUGUUCGGCGUCUGCAUGUGGGAGAUCCUGACGCUGGGCGUGCAGAAGCCGUUCCAGGGCGUGCCCAACAGCGAGGUGGUGGGCAAGAUCGAGGCGGGCGAGCGGCUGCCUCUGCCGGCGCGGUGUCCGCCGCGCGUCUACUCGCUGAUGCUGGGCUGCUGGCACUACGAGCCGGCCAAGCGGCCCAGCUUCGCCACGCUCAAGCAGGCGCUCCAUGAGAUCCUGCUGGAGGAGCGGAUCGCCCAAGAGGAGACGAUGCGCAGGGAGAACCGGCGCGUGCAGGCCAUGUCCUGGGGCUCCAACGACUCUGACGAGCCUCCGCCGCCGCCGAAGCCGUCGCGCCAGCCGGCGCCGGAGCGGGCCGCCUCGCCGUCGGCGCCGCUGCAGACCUACAUCGUGGCGCAGAGCCCCGAGGUGCUGGCGCGCCUGAUGCGCGACAACGAGACGCGCGCCCACGCCGGCAGCUACACGGCGCCGGCGUCCGCACUCAACACGAAGCCGCCGCUGCCUCCUGAGGAGCUGGAGCGACGGCUGGAGCUGGAGCAGAGCGAGCUGCGCGAGCGGCUGGAGCGGCAGCAGCGCCAGAUGGCCGAGGACCGGCUCUGGCUCAACAGCGAGGAGAACGAACUGCGCCAGCGGCUCUCGCUGGCCACGUCUUCAGACCGCUCCGACACGGAGUCGGUGGAGGGCGGCGGAGGCGGCGGCGGCGGAGGCGGCGCGCGCGGUGUCUCGCCCUGCCACUCGUCCACAGAGCCGGCCACCGACGGCUCCAAGCCCUCCUCCAACAGCAGCUCCACAGAGCGGCCCAUCGUCGUCAAGCGUAUGGAGGUGACGCCGACGGCCGAGCUGGACCGCAGCCGGGACCGGGUUUACGACUGCACGACGGCCGUGGUGCGCGCCGUGAUGGGCCUCUCGCGCGGUGUGCAGGCCGGCCAGGCCGCCCGCUACCUGGACCUGGUCAAGGCCGUCGGCUAUGAGCUGCGCGAGCUACUGGCCGCCGUCGACAAGGAGGUGGCGGCCUUCCCGCCGGCGGCGCACAGAGAGAUCGAGAUGGCGCACAAGGUGCUGGGGAAGGACAUGCAGGACUUGGUGACGUCCAUGAAGCAGGCGCAGCGCUACAGCACCACCACCCUGGACGAGGAGUACAGGAAGCAGAUGCUGCAGUCGGCGCACGUGCUGGCCGUCGACGCCAAGAACCUGCUGGACGUGGUGGACGCGGUGCGCAUCCGCUGCAGUGGCGCCCCUGGCGGCGGCUCGCCGCAACAUCCGGUGCGCGCCGGCAGCUGAACGGCCGGCGCGCGGCCGCCGCCCCUCUAGUCAGGCACCGGCCGGGGCGCCACAUUCCGGCGCCGGCGCCACGCGAGCGCGCGCGCCGCCGCCGCCGCGCGCCCCUAAUCAUUCCAUAGAGCUAGCGCGGUGUGGCGUGCGGUGUGUGCUUCGAUUGUCGGCUGUCUCAUAUGUCUCGGUGCCGCGCGGUGGCGUACCCGAUCUUAACAUUACACAUGCGUUGAAUAUAUGGCUCAUACGUCG